AUUGCAGAACAGAAUACAGACCCAGGGAGGAAUUUCCUCCCCCACACCACCCCAAUCCCAUUGGCCUUCUCGACAAGCCAAAUUACAAAUCCUGCAACACAACCUCGUUGUUUCCAGAACUCUCAGCGUGGACAGCUCCCGCAUCCUGGGUGCCUCCUCUGCAGUGUGCGGCAAGGGAGCUGUAGCGCCCGGUGCAGCACGAGACUAUCCCGCGCGCUCGCUCCUCCCUGUCCGCCCCCUCCCUUAGCUCACUCUACCGGCCACUUUGAGGGAUUUCCUCCCCGGGCGGCCUUUGCAGCAGAAACACAUCUGCCUGGUUCCCGGCAACAGCAUGGAUCUAAGAGCCCUUCUCGGUGGAGACAGACUUCGGAUUCUCCUAAUGUUCUUCCAUGCAAUGGCCCAAACCGUGGCAGAACAAGAAGUGGAAAAUCUUUCGGGCCUUUCCACGAACCCGGAGAAAGACAUAUUUGUGGUGCGGGAAAAUGGGACGACGUGUCUCAUGGCAGAGUUUGCAGCCAAAUUUAUUGUACCUUAUGAUGUGUGGGCCAGCAAUUAUGUGGAUCUGAUCACAGAGCAGGCUGAGAUCUCCUUGACCCGGGGAGCUGAGGUGAAGGGCCGCUGUGGUCACAACGAGUCGGAGCUGCAGGUGUUCUGGGUAGAUCGCGCCUACACACUCAAAAUGCUCUUUGUAAAGGAAAGUCACAACACUUCCAAAGGACUAGAGGCGACUUGGAAGCUGAGCAAGGUGCAGUUUGUCUAUGAUUCCUCAGAGAAGACCCACUUUAAAGAUGCUGUGAGUGCUGGGAAGCAUACUGCCAACUCUCACCACCUCUCUGCCUUGGUGACCCCAGCUGGGAUGUCCUAUGAGUGUCAGGCUCAGCAGACCAUUUCUCUGGCCUCCAGUGAUCCUCAGAAGACUGUCACCAUGAUCCUGUCUGCAGUGCACAUCCAGCCCUUUGAUAUCAUCUCUGACUUUGUCUUCAGUGAAGAGCAUAAAUGUCCAGUGGAUGAGCGAGAACAGUUGGAAGAGACCCUGCCCCUGAUCCUGGGCCUCAUCUUAGGCCUGGUCAUUGUCAUAACACUUGUGAUUUACCACAUUCAUCACAAAAUGACUGCCAACCAAGUGCAGAUCCCCAGGGACCGUUCCCAGUACAAGCACAUGGGCUAGAGCCAUCAGGCAGACAGCCUCCAUGUCCUGCCCCCAAACCGGAUGACUUAGAGUGGCAAUGGCACUUUUUCACCUGUAUACAGGAUCCACCAACAUAGCUACACUCCAACAGGCCCAGGCACCUGAGGUCUGACUGGCCUGUGUCCAUGCUUAAACCCAGGGAUGAAAGACAGGCCUUGGGGUUUGGGGGACUAAUGGUGACUGUUGUGUCCAUGCUGGGCAGUAAGGGUGGGUGAGUAGGGUAAUAGCUUUCGUGCUCAUGAUGGCUUAACUUUGGCUCUCUGACUCUGUAAGUCUACAGCAUGUAGAAGGGAAGAUAUGGUCCUUACAUUUAGAAAGUGGACCACUUCCUUUGGGAGACCUCUUUAGGUCUAAAGACACCGGGUGCUUCAGUCCCUUGGCCUCGGCUGGUAUAUUACACAGUUUUCAAUGCACACAAAAUACAACCUCAUGCUCCUUGCAAGCAGCAAGACCCCUGAAAGUGACCCAUGCUUCUGGCUGGCACUCUGCAUGUCUAGUGAUUGUUUUGGGAAUGUUUCACUGCUACCUGCACCCAGUGACUCUGCAGCACAAGAACCCGUCUAAUGUCACUAUGCACGGUUGUUUGGAAUUCAUAAUGUGUCGGUUCCAAGUGAGGGGACCUCAAGAAUUUAUGUGAGUUUGCUUUUGAAAAUGAAUUAAAAAAAAACAGCACUACA